GGGAGAACCACCUCCACCCCCUCUUUUUAAUUUUUUUUUAUUUUUUAUUUUUUUUGCAAGAAUCCCAAGAGCUAAGGUGGCUGCAGAGGGGAGAGCGGCGCGAGCCAAGUGGGGGGAGGGUGGAGGAAACCCGGGAGAAGGCUUUCUCCAGCCCCCAAAGUUUUGAUGAUGACCAUGACUACGAUGGCUGACGGCUUGGAAGGCCAGGACUCGUCCAAAUCCGCCUUCAUGGAGUUCGGGCAGCAACAGCAGCAGCAACAGCAGCAGCAGCAGCAGCAGCAGCAGCAACAGCAGCCGCCGCCGCCGCCGCCGCCACAGCCGCACUCGCAGCAGAGCUCCCCGGCCAUGGCAGGCGCGCAUUACCCUCUGCACUGCCUGCACUCGGCGGCGGCGGCGGCGGCGGCGGCCGGCUCGCACCACCACCACCACCAGCACCACCACCACGGUUCGCCCUACGCGUCGGGCGGCGGCAACUCCUACAACCACCGCUCGCUCGCCGCCUACCCCUACAUGAGCCACUCGCAGCACAGCCCUUACCUCCAGUCCUACCACAACAGCAGCGCGGCCGCCCAGACGCGAGGGGACGACACAGAUCAACAAAAAACCACAGUGAUUGAAAACGGGGAAAUCCGGUUCAAUGGAAAAGGGAAAAAGAUUCGGAAGCCUCGGACCAUUUAUUCCAGCCUGCAGCUCCAGGCUUUAAACCAUCGCUUUCAGCAAACUCAGUACCUGGCCCUGCCUGAGAGAGCUGAACUGGCAGCUUCCUUAGGACUGACACAAACACAGGUGAAGAUAUGGUUUCAGAACAAACGCUCCAAGUUUAAGAAACUGCUGAAGCAGGGCAGUAACCCGCAUGAGAGCGACCCUCUCCCUGGCUCAGCGGCCCUGUCACCGCGCUCGCCGGCGCUGCCUCCGGUGUGGGACGUUUCUGCCUCAGCCAAGGGCGUCAGUAUGCCCGCCAACAGCUACAUGCCCGGCUACUCGCACUGGUACUCCUCUCCACACCAGGACACGAUGCAGAGACCACAGAUGAUACAUUUCCCCCACCAGAAGAAUCUGCGCAAACAUGGCAGCGUUUUUACUUGUUUAAUGAGCUUAAGACAUUACAUGAUGAAAAAGAAGCAUUUCAGGCUCCUGCAUUUUUAUUUACCAAUCCCAGACUGACAAAAAAAAAAAAAAAGAAGAAGAAGAAGAAGAAGGAAGGAAGGAAGGAAGAAAAAGAAGAAAAAAACAAGAAAAAGAAAAGAGAAAGCAAGCAAAAGAAAAAACCCUCACAUAACAGCACUUCUCUAAAGAAAAAGGAAAAAUCAGCUGUAAGAUUAGAACAUUGCCACAAAGGAAACGCUGCAUGUUUUAUCAAAAUGCAAUGAGCAAGAAUGAUGAUGUUGAAAAACAACAAGAGCAACAACAAAACAGAACCACUCUUUCCCCACCCCACCCCCGAACCCUGAACUGGAAUCAGGAAAGACAGAAGAAACAACCAAAAUCACCAUUCUAUUGCUUUGAUACCUUUACUAGGUGAAUUGGUGGCAUUCACUAAGCUAAUAGGGACGUUUAUAUUG